AUGAAAAGAAAAGAUAAAGAAGAAAUAAUAUAUUCAGAGGAUGAGAUUAGUGAAAGAUUAGCAAUUCUAGAAGAAAUUAAAAAGAAGGUUGAAACGUUUGAUGAAAAAAAAUUACAAUUUGGAACUAAUCCAAUUACAAAAUUAUCACCUGAUGAAAAAUCAAAACCUUUUUAUGCAUUAAUUGGAGCGUUGUUAUCAACAAAAACUUGUGAGACAUUGAGAUUAAAAGUUAUGAAUAAUCUUAUUGAACAUUAUAAAAAAUUAACACCUGAGAUUAUGUCAAAAGCAUCCGAAGAUAUAUUAAAUGAGUUAUUAGAUGGGUGCUAUGGAAAAGUCAGAAAAAUAAAAUUUAUUCUUGAAUGUUCUAAAGUAAUUCAUAAUAACUAUAAUGACAUUGUUCCAGACAAUAUAGAUGAGUUAAAAAAGUUACCUGGUAUUGGUCCUAAGUUAGCUAAAAUUGUUUGUGCAAUUGGAUUUAAAAAAAUAGAAGGUAUUACUAUUGACCAACGUUCAUUACUUCUUUUACAUCGUCUUGAAUGGAUUUUAAAAGAUACUUCUAAUGACAAUGAUGCAAUGAAAGAAGUUGAAGAAUGGCUACCAAAAGAGCAUUGGAGUUAUUUUUCUAAAGACACAAUUUUAUUUGCUAAAUAUCUAUGUAAACCAGAACCUUUAUGUGACCAAUGUCCUUUAGCAAAACAUUAUGUAUGCAAAUAUUACUGUAAAAAACAUAAUCAUCAUAUUCAACAUCUAACUCAAUCUUAUAAUUUAAAUUUACAACAAGGAAAGAAAAAGAAAAUAGAUGUUGAAGAAUUAGAAAAUAUGAUUAUAUCAGAAGAUGAUGAAGAACAUGAAUUUUUAUCAAAUCUUGAUCUUAUUCAAUUAAGUCAAGAACAUCAAGAAACUAAAGAUGUUUAA